AGACAGCAGCAUUUUACAGCUCAUUUCAGGACUUUUACUAUACAGGUCGGCUGAACUGACUGACCAUGAGGCUUCUGCACAUUCUGGGGUUCACCCUCUUGCUCUGCGGCCUGUGUGUGAGGGCAGAGGAUGAAAAGACUGAGGACAACGUUGAAGAUAAAGGAAACAACGGGGAAGAAAACGUUGAGGAAGGCACUGGAGAUGACGCAGAGCCAGAGAAACAAGAAAAGACAGAUGAAAUUACUGAAGAGAACGACAUUUUGGUGCUUCAUAGUGUCAACUUCGACAGAGCUCUCAGUGAGAACAAGUUCCUGCUUGUGGAAUUUUAUGCUCCAUGGUGUGGUCACUGCCGCAGACUGGAGCCCAUUUAUGCUGAAGUGGCCGGACUGCUGAAAAACGGUUCAUCCGAGGUACGGCUGGCUAAAGUGGAUGCCUCAGAAGAGAAAGAACUUGCCAGCGAGUUUGCUGUGGAUGGUUUUCCCAUGCUUAAAUUCUUCAAAGAUGGCAACAGGCAAAAUUUCACAGAUUUUUCUGGAAAGCGAACUGUAAAAGGAAUCACGAUGUGGCUGGAGAGGCACACAGGUACCAGUGCUACUGUUCUCAAUGAUGUGAAGAGUGCAGAGGCUCUACUGGAUGCAAAUGAGGUGGUUGUGGUUGGAUUCUUCCAGGAUUUGGAAGGCGAUAAGGCAAAGACAUUCUAUGAUGUAACUUUAAUAGCAGUGGACUUUGUCUUUGGCAUUACAAGCAACCCAGACAUCUUCAAAAAGUAUAAUGUAAAGAGUGACUCGCUGGUGCUCUUCAAGAAGUUUGAUGAAAAGCGGGCAGACAUGCCACUCUCCGAGGAAAAGCUAGACAAAGGGGAUCUGAUUUCAUUCAUCCAUUCUAACAGUAUGAAACUUGUCAUUCCAUUUAAUGAAGAGAAUGCUGAUCAAAUUUUUAGCUCUAAGGUCCGUAAACAUAUGCUACUGUUCAUUAAUACAACUGUGGAAUCCCAGAAUGCACUGCUCGAAGAUUUUAGAGAUGUUGCCAGUGAGUUUAAGGAAAAAGUGCUUUUCAUCCUGUUAGAUGUUACUUAUGACAAAGCGGAGCAUGUGCUGAAGUAUUUCAGUAUCUCUGAAAAAGAUGUUCCUAUUAUUCGCCUGAUUGACACUGAGAAAGUGGUGACAUACGCAAUGGAAGGAUCAAUCAUCAACACAGACACGCUGAGAUCCUUUUGCCAGGGUGUUCUGGAUGGUACCGUGAAGCCCUUUUUGAAGACUCAAAAAAUUCCUGAGGACUGGGACAAGAAUCCAGUUAAAGUUCUUGUAGGGAAGAACUUUAAUGAAGUGGCUUUUGAUGAGACUAAGAACGUCUUUGUGGAAUUUUAUGCUCCAUGGUGUGGUCACUGUCAACAGCUGGUUCCUGUGUGGGAUGCAUUGGGAGAGAAGUACAAAGACCAUGAGGACAUAAUAAUAGCAAAAAUGGAUGCCACAGAAAACGAUGUGGAAGAUGUCAUUAUACAGGGAUUUCCCACCAUUAAAUACUUUCCUGCUGGGACUGAAAAGAAGAUUAUUGACUAUGAUGGAAAUAGAGAUUUGGAAACAUUCUCAAAGUUCCUGGAUAAUGGAGGAGUGUUACCAGAAGAAGAGAGCAAAGAUGAGGAUGAGGACAAUGAUGAUGAUGAUGAAGAUGAGGUGUUGGAUGAAUCAAUAGAAGAAUCACCAAAAUCGACCAAUGUAACAAGCAAAGAUGAGCUGUGAAAACAAGGCAUAAAUCACAUAAUUUGUACUGCACCAUACUGCAACUGUUCUUCUACAUUUAUCCCUCACAUUUCUAACCUCUGUUUUACAAUACUGACGCUGAUAAUGUCUAACUGAUCCCACACCACCGAAAUAAACAGCCCAUUCUCAUCCCAAGGCGUGCAUUUUUGACCAUGCUUCAAUAUCUGACGCUUUAGGCACCCUUUAGCGUCAGUUAGAUGAUGCCGUAGGAUCGCGAGUAACCCUUCCCCUACCCCAGAUCUAACUGACGCUUUUCCUUUAGCGUCAGUUAUAUGACGCCGUAGGAUCGCGUUAUAGGCUAACUGAUGCUAAAGGCCGCCAAAGCGUAGAAUAUUGAAGCAUGGUCAAAAGGUGACACCUAGGGGUGAGAAUGCGUUGAAAUAAAUCAUAGACCAUCAGGACCAUGAACAAAAACCUCUACAUGUUAAGCUAUUUUUAUUCAAUUUAGUCAGGUAUGUAGUUGGUUUUAAUGCUCCAGUGCAGAGAAAAUUACAGUAAUCUGAUAAAACACAUUUGUCUCAUGUUGCAUAAAUCUCACAUUUGUCUUUUGUUGCAUAAAUGCUGUGUGAAAUGUAUUUUGACAGAAAUGGCAUCGGCGAUGACAGACAGUCUUGUUGUGUAAUAACAUUAAAUUACUUUGAAAGUCGAUGGGCGUGGCCAUUUGUAACUUGGAUGUGCAAGACUUCCUGUUUCUUCCACUUGCAGUUAUUUUAGCUGUAAAAAACACCUCGAUAUGCUGCUUUACAUUGCAGACUGGUAUUUCUUAGCAUAUUAUUCUAAUGUAUUGUCGGAAUUAUACACACACUCAUUUGCAAUGCAAAUAGUUUUAACAUUUACUGCACAUUUAUCGAGAGUGGCUAUAACAUCGGGUGUGGAUGAUAAAGAUAAAUGGGAGGAAUACAAAGUCAUCAUGACAUUUGAACUCUAACUUUGCAAAUUGCCUAAUAUUUACAGUUUCCUCUUUUCUUGCCGCUUUUAAUGUAUUGUAAUCAAUUCUGGCAACUGUAACACUCAUUUUGAAAUAAAAAUGGUAAGUCUGAA